AUGAUCGAUGAAGAGAAGACCCAGGAGGUUGUUCAUGGCCUCAAAACCACCCCUGAUGGGCUCAUACUCGACCCGCAGCCAUCGGACGACCCUAACGAUCCAUUGAAUUGGAAGCCUUCGAGAAAGGCGCGUAUACUUUCGAUAUGGGCAAUCGCUUGCUUCUCAAGUCAAGCUACUUGUAUGACGAACAUGCAGGGAUCAUAUCUUCAGGCGCCUCUUUAUCACAAGACGGCUACUCAGAUUUCUCUCUCCGUCUCAUGCGGGCUCAUUGGCAUUAUGGUCGGCUCCAUCCUAGUCGUCCCUCUUAGCCGCCGGUAUGGCUCCUGCUUCUGUCUUUUCUGGUCGACAAUCGGCAUCCUUUUCGGCGCGGUAUGGUCUGCCAUGAUGACUAGUUCAUCGGACUACAUUCCAUUCCUGAUAUCUCGCCUCUUUUCCGGCCUGUGCGCAGGGGUACCUUUGAUCCUUGGCUCCGAGUUCGUCAUGCGGGCGUUCUUCCGGCAUCAGCGAGGUAAAUGUCUGCAUAUACUUCAUAUUCCCUUCCUCAUGGGGGUUUCAAUUGGUCCAACAUUAGGUGCAUAUAUCGAUGCGAGAGCUUCAUGGACUGUUUCCUUCUGGUAUACUGUACCAUUGAAUGGGGUGUUGGCUCUGGUGAUCCUUAUCUUUCUCGAAGAGGCAGUAUAUGCAGAGGGAGAACAGAAGCGGCAAUCUUUUUUGCAAGAGAAAUGGAACAUGUAUGUCCGUGGAAGAGCGAUUCCACCACAGCUUAGGGCAAGCUGGAAGAACAUGACUACCAGCCUUUCCGAUAUCACCCUGGUGUCGUUUUCUCCUGUCUCAAUAAUAAUUGGUUUCUUUAUCAUGGUAGACUUUGGCUUUGCGACAAUGGCUAUUGUCCUCGGUGUCAACUUCCUUGAAGCCCCUCGAGACGAUGGUGGAUACGCAAUGUCAAAGAUUUCGAUGGCCUCAUUCACGCUCACCCAAGCAAUCGGCACCGCACUGGCGGAACUAUACGGCCAUUUCAUCAGCGAUAGACUUCCUUUAUACCUCUCCCACCGGAAGUCCAAGACGCAGGAUAUUGAACCUACAGAAUGGCGCCCAGAGUAUCGACUUCACUGUCUCUGGAUCCCGGUGAUAAUGCUUCCGGUUGGCCUCGGCCUAUUCGGAGCUAGUCUGGAGUACCAUUACCACUGGGUGCUUUUGGCACUCGGGUUCCUUCUCCUCACUUUCGGUGCCAUUUCUCUUCUACCGGUUGCAAUGACGUAUCUCUGUGACUGUUUCCCGAACUAUGUUUCAGAGGUGUCAGCAGGGAUGGGGGUUUGGAGGCUUAUCUUGGGAUUGCUCUCGACCGUAUUCAUCACCCCGUGGAACGACAGAGUUGGUCCGGGAUGGUUGUUCGGUUCUGCUGGGCUGAUUACGCUCCCAGCGUUUGGCGGGGUGAUGUUCCUCAUGGUAUUUGGGAGACAAGUGAGACAAAUGGGGUUUCGUAGGUUGCGAGAUUGA